AUGUCUUCCGUCAAGUCCACCCUUGCUCUCGUCGGCGCUUUCGCCGCCGGCGCCCUUGCCCACGGCAAGGUCGAUGGCUACCCUCGACUACUACUACCUCAAGCAGAACGGCGGCACGCCCCCACCAUUGCCGCCUGGUCCGCCGAGAACCUCGACAACGGCUUCGUCGACGGCACCGGCUACGCCACCGCCGACAUCAUCUGCCACAAGAAUGCCGCGCCCGGAGGCACCUCGGCCAAGGUCGCCGCCGGCGGCAAGGUCGACUUCCAGUGGUCCGCCUGGCCCGAGUCGCACUUUGGCCCCGUCCUGACCUACGCCGCAAAGGUCGACGGCGACUUCGCCUCCAUCGACAAGACCACCCUCAAGUGGGUCAAGAUUGACGAGGCCGGCAUCGACGUCGACACCCAGGAGUGGGCCGCUACCAAGCUCAUCAAGAACAACAACACCUGGACCUCCACCAUCCCCUCCGACCUCGCCGCCGGCAACUACGUCCUGCGCCACGAGAUCAUUGCCAUGCACGGUGCUGGCUCCCUGAACGGCGCCCAGAACUACCCCCAGUGCGUCAACGUUGAGAUCACCGGCUCCGGCACCGCCAACCCCGAGGGCACCCUCGGCACCGAGCUGUACAAGGCCACCGACGCCGGCAUCCAGUUCAACCGUAACCUACACCACCAUCUCCGACUACACCAUCCCGGCCCUGCCCUCUACGGCUCCGGCUCUGGUUCCGGCUCUGGCUCUGGCUCCGGCUCCACCCCCAUCACCAACGGCACUGCUCCCGCCACUCCCUCCACCCCCACCACCACCCUCCCGUCUGCUACCCCGGCCGUCUCUGACGCCGCCGACGCCGACGACUGCGCCGCCAAGCGCACCCGCCGCCACGCUCGCGCUUUCCGCUUGUAA